UGUCAUGAGGUGAUGAUGGAUGAUCAUUAUUGGCUGAUGAUCCACAUGAGACCAAGUUUACAUAUUCCUGCAACAAGUAAAAGACUUCUCUUUCAUAGGAAGUCUCACUGGCAGAAUGUAAACGGUUUUCUAAGCUUCACUCUAUCGUUGAACUCUUGGACUUUCAAGAACUGUUUUCAUUUUUGCCAAAAAAGAGCUACGUUAUCUGGAAGCGAGAACACUUUAAGAACAGUUAUGUUACAAUCUGUUAUGGGAAGAAACAUUAGUGGUAGAACCAAGUACCCUUUGAGACGGAAAAGUAUGCUCGGAGGUGGAUCCUUUCACCUAUUACAUACGUUGGGUAUUUCAGGUGGUGGCAACAACAAGAACAACAUUCAACCUGGCUACUGGAGUCAUUUUUCGAAUGGUGAUAGUGGGCAACUGUUUGCUGCAGAAACCGUUUAUUUGCUCAGUAAGAAAAGUCGUUCUUCGUCGAGUCCUAAAAACAAACAAAGAUGGAGUUGGACGAAAAUACUUUUGGUUACGAACAUUGUGGUUUUUUUAUUACAAAUGGCUACUGCGAACCAACUUUUGUUGAUGGGUGCCAAGGUGAAUGAGUUGAUUUCCAGUGGUCAGUUGUAUCGCUUAUUGACUCCUAUCUUUCUACACGGAAAUAUUGCACAUUUGAUGGUAAACUGUUAUAGCUUAUAUUCUUUGGGUCCUGUUGUAGAAAGAUGUUUUGGUUCACACCGUUUUAUUGGUCUUUAUCUUUUUUCUGGAUUUUUUGGAUGUAUUGCAAGUUUUUUCUUCUCAAAGAAUCCAUCUUUAGGUGCAUCAGGUGCUAUUUUUGGUUUAGUCGGUGGUUUUGCAGUUUAUCUUAAAAGACAUCAGUAUUUACUCGGUGAAACUUCUCGCCUGGGUUUAUUUUCUAUUGCCCAGUCGUUGAUUUUCAAUAUACUUAUGAGUCUUCAACGAGGUUCACGUAUAGACAACUGGGGACAUUUGGGUGGGUUUCUUGGCGGUGUGUUUUAUUCAUACCUGUUUGGUCCAAAUUUCGAAAGAAAACGAAUAGGCUCUCGUGGGGUUUACUUACAAGACAGACCCAUGAUCAAGCGAUGGUUCUUACGGUGGAAAAAGAAUCAACUGUAGCAAUUGUUUUGGAAUAGGCUCUCGAAUCUUAUGUUGUAUCUCUCUACUUUUGUUUGAAUAUCACUAGUAUAUUUGGUUUGGCAAGUGAUUUAUACAAGGUCGUAUUGAUAGAUAAAACCUAUAACAAACCAGUCUUUAUAUAUAUAUAU